GGUCGCACAACAUUGGUUUCGACACUUGGUGAGGAAGAAUCAAUCAUUUUGUUUAGAGCGAGAUGUGAGCGGUGAUGCUUUAAAAUUUAUCAGGUCGGCUAUUCACAAGUCAUCAUGCAGAUCACGACAGAGAUGCCGAGGUCCAAGAAUAAGUCUCAUUAAAUUGAAUAUGAACACUUCAUUUGCUGCAAAAGGGCCAUAUUCAUCUUCUCCAUCACACAGCACAUAUUACUCGGCACAUCCAUCAAAAUGUCUACUCCAUCCACAACUGUAAAAGUGCCCUCAACAGCAUCUGAAGACAGCGCGAAUGAACCAUUUGGCUGCCCAACUCCAUAUGCCGAGCCACUGUGGUAUUCCCGAAACGUGUCGCCCCAUUACACUAUUUCACAUCGGAAACUUCGCGCUGCGGUACGCAAAUAUGUCGAUGAAGAAAUCCUGCCAAAUGCCUUCGAUUGGGAAUCGGCAGGCAAAGCAUGGCGACGACAUGCGGAAUUGGGUUACUUAGCUUUAAGCACGGAACUGCCGGAUGCAAAAUUGCCGGGAGGUAUUAAACCUGAGGAGUGGGAUUCGUGGCAUACUUUGAUUGUUACGGAUGAGUUGUCGCGUGUCGCAUAUACUGGCGUGCUAUGGGGUCUUGGCGGAGGCAAUGGAAUCGGAGUACCUCCAAUAGUCAAUUUUGGGACAGAAGAACAAAAAAAUGAAUUUUUACCUGGUGUUGCAAACGGCAGCAUAAGGUUUUGUCUUGGCAUCACGGAACCUGAUGCUGGAUCCGACGUAGCAAAUAUCAAAACUACUGCUGUAAGGAGCGGCAAACAUUACAUCGUCAAUGGUUCAAAGAAAUGGAUUACAAAUGCUAUUUGGGCGGAUUAUAUCACCACGGCAGUUCGUACUGGAGGCGCCGGGGCAACUGGUAUAUCGCUCCUUAUUAUCCCGUUGAAAGCUGACGGAGUCUCUCGAAGGACGAUGCAUAAUUCGGGAGUUGGAGCAUCUGGUAGCACAUUUAUCACUUUUGAUGAUGUCAAAGUUCCUAUUGAGAACCUUUUACACAAAGAAAAUCGCGGAUUUGAAGUCAUCAUGUCCAAUUUCAAUGCCGAGCGCAAAAGCAUUGCCUGCUCAGCCAUCCGGUUGAGUAGAGUAUGUGCUGAAGAUGCAUGGAAACAUGCUUGUACUCGUGAGACAUUUGGAAAGAAAUUAAUUGAGAAUCCGGUGAUUCGAGCGAAAUUCGUGAAGAUGGGAAGGAUGAUCGAACCUGCGCAAGCAUUCCUAGAGCAGCUGACUUGGUUGAUUGAAUUGGGUAGGAAGAAUAGUGGAGAUAAUGAUGUGAGGAUUGGAGGUAUGACGGCUAUGUUGAAAGUUGUAAGUACGAGGUGCCUCGAGAAAUGUGUACGGGAAGCUCAACAAAUCAUGGGUGGAUUGGGCUAUGCUCGAGGUGGAAAAGGUGGAAGGAUCGAAGCCAUCUCAAGGGAUGUAAGAGUUAUGGCAGUUGGGGGUGGGAGUGAGGAAAUUAUGAGCGAACUCGCGAUCAAAGAAGAAGUUAAAGAUCUGAAGAGAUACUCAAGCACUUCGAGCAAGCUUUGAAGCUUUCUCAAGAUCGUAAAAAGAAAGACUGCAUAUUUGAAUAAACUGAACUGUCUAUUGUUAGAGGAAGUUGGAGUGAAAGAGCAUUAGUCAUUAAGAUACUAUCUGGCAUUUAAAAGAAAUAUGUUUCAUCAAUCUCUGUCUUAGCUGACGCUCACUUGAACGUUCGUAUUCUGACGAAUUGAUUGUUUUAGAUCUCAUAGUGAAAUGGGCCUAGUAGAUA